AUGAGUUCUCCGGCGCUAAAUCAAGACAUGAUCAUAGAGAUUCUCUCUCGUUUUCCGGUGACGGAGAUCGGAAAAUCAAGGCUCAUGAACAAAGAAUGCAACAAAAGAAGUCACGAGUCUUGGUUUUUCAACCUCAAUCUCCAUAGAACCAAUUCUAUUUCCGGAUACUUAGUACAAUACAACGAAAGAGGAUACAAACAUCAAACCAGUUUCGUCGACGAGAUGAGAGAUUUCGAAAACAAAAAGCUCUCGAUCGAUUUUCUACCACAGGGCAAAGUAAAGAUCGAAGCUUGUGACUCAAGUCAUGGGGUUUUGCUAUGUCUUAACGAAACAGGACCAAGUGUACCGGAUUACAUCGUCUGCAAACCAACAACAAGACAGUAUCGGAUCAUACCGAAUCCUAUAAUGCAGAAUUGCGGUAUCUCAUUCGGUUUAGCGGUAAUCGGAUUAGACCCUUUCCGGUAUGAGAUACUUAGGCUCUCUAGGUUACGCAAUGGUAUGAAUCGGAAUAAUAGAACUUUCGCGUGCGAAGUUUAUGAUUCCGAUUCGUUUACAUGGAAAAGAUUGAAGAAUUUGCGUCUACCAAAAAACGACGGUCUUAUUCUUUCAAAUCCGGUACAAGCUUCUGGUUUCUUGCAUUGGUUAUCUAGGGAGGACAAUGUGAUCCGGUUCUGUCUCAAAACCGAAACUUGGUCUUUCUUCAAAACUCCCAACUUCGGUGUUUCUCCAAAACUGGUCAGAUACGAAGGGAAGCUAGGUGUUAUUCGUUGGUCGGGUUAUGGAAAGGGAUUAAACCGGUUAUGGGUUUUAAAGAGCAGCUUUGAAAAGUCAUGGGUAAAAGUCAAAGAUAUUAAAAACAUGGGGCUAAGAGAUGAUGUUUUGUGGACUCCAAGCAACGACGUCGUAACGCUCUCGAGCAGGGAUCGUGUUUGUUACUACAACACAAACACAGAGAAAUUGAAAAUCAUUCAAAUGAAUAAAGAAUUCACCAGUUACGUCUAUUUCCCGUUUUGUUCUGACUACGAAGUGAUCGCCAAUGACUCGAAUCCGGUGAAGGCAUCGGAAUGUAUGUCUUUGAUGUUUCAGCAAUGGGCCAUUCAUCCUUUUACUAAAGCUUCUUUGGUUCUAAUAGUUUUGUUUUUGCUUGUGGGCUACGUACUACUAAAGUAA